AUGGAAAAUCAUCCAACAGAGUCCGUGGCCGAUGUCCCAACUGGCAAGGAGGGGGAGCGUCAACCAGUGGAUGACUACAUUGCUCGUCACACAGUGAUUAAGAGUUCGUGGAAGGGAAAAUACAUGCGCAUAUUUUGCGUUGGUCGCAAGGAACUUGCCACAAUAAAUCCUCAGAGCAUAUUCCGUGUGACAAACAGGUGGGACUACGGAUCGCAACUCAUCGACGUCACACCUCACCCAAACAACCAGACAGAUUUUGCUAUAACUACCGUUGGCAAAGGAAAGUCGGAAGUGAUGAACUUUAGCUGCAGCACAUCUUUGGAGCGAUCCGAGUUACUUACGGAUGUUCAACGGUACCGUGCACUCAUCGACAUGAAGUACCGCAGCCAGCUAGACUCACUUUCUUUUGUUUGCCAGAAAUACUGCUUUAAUGAAAGAAAAAGGCCUUGUCGACUUCGCGUUACAUCUGUGUCCGUGGAACAAAUUAAUGAGGAGGGGGUCGUUGUUGGUGAGUAUCUUUUCGUGCACAUAAGAGGGAUCACCUCCAUUCAAGAUAACCCAUCAAGUCUCGUAAUACUUUAUGGUCCCUUGAUGAAAGCCCACCUUUAUGAAGUUACAAACCCGAAGGUCAUCCGUGAGCAUAUUGCGGACUUCUCCAAACGGUUUGUUGGUCUUCCUCCCCUAAACGCCGUUCCCGAGAUGAGUCCGCACAUAUUCAAAACGAGUCGUCUGGGUGUGGAGGCCAACCUCCUCAUACCGACAGCUCAGUUUCCGGUCAUGAAACUCAGUGUAAAGCAUAACAACAUACCGGUGCGUCGCGCACUAGUUACAACACGAGAUCAUCUGCAAGAGCUGGACCCCGAGACGUAUAAUACAGUGAGUCUCUUUUCAUUCACCAGCAUUCACUCGCUUGUACGUUGCGACUGGGAUGACCAACGGUUUAUUAUCCAAUUCGCGGUGCCGAUGAUGAGCAAAGUGUAUACCUCACCCAUGCGAGAUGCACUUUUGUCUCAUCUUGUGGACUGCUGCCGCUCCGCACAGAACCAUAAUAUGCAUGUCGUCGCAACCACCGUGGACCGCGGCAAACGGACUGCACCGUUACGCGCACUGGUCUCACAAGAGGUUGAGAGUACACUUCUCAAUUGUAUUAUUGAUCCAAACAACAGUGGGGGAGGAGUGGUCCUUUCACUAACUGAUAUUGUGCAGUUUUUUAAUGCCAAUGUGGAUCAUUGUGGUCCACGUUUCUCCGAGAACAGUGAUGGGUUGUUCGCGGAAAACCGGGAGAAGAUGAUCUUCAGUGCGUUAAUGUUAUUGCUGGAGAAUUUCCCUAAAAACGGAAAUCCCUUGGAGUUCGCUCAGCAUUUUUAUGCCCUCCGCCGGCUGUGCGUGACGCGCACAGGAUUUAGUUCUGCAGCGAUUGUUCCUUCCCUUGUCAAGUGUAUUGAAUCAGCCUGCGAAGAAGCCAUAAAAAUGAGCAAUGUCACUGUUUUUCAUGCAAUGAUCGACUUCAUUAACGUAUUGAUGGUACCUCAUCAUGACCACUACGAGGUGACCCAUGAGGAGGCAAAUAAGAACCGAAUUUUGGGUAAUGAGGGUUUCAUGAACCACAUUUUACGAAUGCUAAGGGACUAUUCUGCGGCUGAUAAUGCUUCACUUAUCAUUCAGGCGCUGCUCAACUUCUUUGUGUACGCCUUAUGUCCACCAUUCUGUGAUACGACAGAUUCUAAGUUGUUUCAUGCUGUUAUGAAGCAACUUGUUGAUGUUGCCGGGAGUGAAUUGUUUUCGUUGUUGCAGUACAGUUGUGACGCCACUAGUUACAGUGCGGGUCAACUGAUACGCGCUAUUCUCGAGGAAGGAACGCCUGAACAAUUUACCGCCAUGCAGAGGGCAUCACUUAGCGAAGGUGGAAUACUCAAGCAGCUACACGAAGCAAUUUUCGGGACGAAGCGCGAGGUGCGUGACCUGGCGCGCAGACUUAUUGCUUACUGGGCGUAUCAGAAUUCCGAUAUGCAGGACCUCCUGCGCUGCAUAGUUCCACCUGCAUUUUUGUAUUUUCUGCAAUCUCGGGAAGAACCGCCGGAGGACGAGAUGGAAAAGGGACCCACAAAAAAUGUUGUUGCCAUGUCUGGCGACCACUGGGAAUCCAAAAACGGUUGGUUUAAAAAACGCUUUCACCCAAGUGACGUUCUUUCGCGUGUGUCGGGGAGCCAUACGACGACGCAAGCGGCAUUUCGUCCGGCGCAAACUCGACCACGAAAUGUGCGCGUUAAACCUACGCUUAACUGGAACAUGAUGUUUUACCAGUUGAAACAAGACCACCUUCGACCGGAUCUCAUUUGGAACCAUACAACACGCAAUGAAUUACGAGAGGCGCUGGAAACUGAAAUGCAGGCCCUCAAGGCAGGUAUGGAGAUGCGCCGCGACAAGGUUAUUGCGUGGAACUACCGUGAAUUUGAGUUGCGGUACCCCAGUCUUGAAGACGAACUGAAGGUUGGAGAUCAUUACCUACGGUUGCUUUUUGAUUCCAAGAAACCGGUUGUUGCGAAGCCAAAGGAUUUCUUCACGGAUGUGUACCAUCGCUUUCUGCUUUCACAGGAUCAAAAAAUUCAGUUGGAAUGUUUGAAUGCCAUGUCUAUUCUCUACGAGCACUACUAUGGGGCUAUUGGACACUUUAACGACAUAGGACACUUGGUAAAUUUGCUGAAAUCGACCCUUUGUCCACUGUUCCGUGAUCAACUUUUGCUAUUUAUGCUCCAAGUGUUGCGCAACCGCCAGAAUGUCAAGUUGUUUCUUGGUUGUGACGGCCUGAAAAUUCUCGUUGAGCUUCUCCCCAUUGCCCACCUGCAUGUUGAUAGACCACAGAUCCAUUGCUCAACCAAUGCUAUUGAGUGCGGUGGGGAGUCCUCUGUUGACCUUCGCGAUCAGGAGAAGGAGUGGUACUAUAUAAAAGAUGGAGAAAAGCGGGAUCCAGUGUCUUAUGCGAAGUUGGAGCAGAUGUACAAGGAUGGCACAGUCAACAACAGUACAAAGGUAUGGGCGCAAGGGUUGUCGGGAUGGUUACCAAUUAAAGACGUACAUCAACUUCGCUGGGGUCUCGUGGCGAGUGGUAGUAACAAAAUGCUUAAUUUCACGGAAGUAUCAUGCGUUGUCCUUGAUAUUCUACAGUUACUCUGUACUCACUACCCGUCGAGAGAUGAGAAUGGAGCUGUAAUGUAUCCCAUUCCUCAGGUGAAACGGUUCUUGUCAGGUCCACAGGUUCUUCCCCACGUUGUGCAACUACUACUGACAUUCGAGCCCACGAUUUGUAGCCGUGUUCACACAUUAUUGUACAGCCUUAUGGAUGAAAACCCACACAUGCCGCAAUUCUUCCUUACUGGUGUAUUCUUCUUUACUCUGAUGUACACCGGUUCCGACGUAAUUCCACUUUGUCGGUUGUUGCACCUCUCACACUGUAAGCAGUCCGUACACCAGCAAAGUGGAAACAACGAUAUCGUGCGGAGCAGUGUCCUAAGUGCCAUGCUACCGCCCGCGCUCGUUUGCUUUUUAACAGCACAUGGCCCAGAGCGCUUUGCUGAUAUCUGGUUGGGCGAGUACGAAACGCCGGAGGCGAUUUGGAACAAUAAUAUGCGGAGGUAUCUUAUGGAAAAGAUUGCAGGUCAUAUUGCGGACUUCACACCGAGGCUCUUCAGCAAUAUACGUGCCAUUUAUCAGUAUUGUCCGAUUGUGGGCAUAGUAUAUGAGCAACUUAAGCGCGAGCUUUUCUGUUCACAAUAUUAUCUGCGACACUUGUGUGAUGAACUACGCUACCCAAACUGGCCUAUUGCCGAUCCUAUUUCACUAUUGCGCGAAGUUCUCAUUGCGUGGCAGUGUGAACUAGAAAAGAAACCGAGUGGACUCAGUCGUGAAGGUUGUUUGGCAGAACUUGGUAUUACGGAGGCGACGGGAGCCACGCAGCAGACGGUGCGCAAGGCAUACUUUAAGCUCGCGGCAAAGUAUCACCCUGACAAAAACCCAGACGGACGUGAUAAAUUCGAACGUAUUCAGGUAGCAUACGAGUUUCUCGCGUCAGACACGCUGGAGUCAAGCGAACCCGAUCCAAAUAACAUUGACCUCCUUCUUCGAACCCAAUCUAUUCUGUAUAAACGUCAUGCUGAAACGCUGAGUCGCUACAAGUACGCUGGUUACAGUCUCCUGUUAAAACUUGUCAAGAUGGAGUAUGAGGACCCCAACAUGCUACACAAAGACACCGUCCUCAUGGUACCAGCAAUGGAAUUGUGUUAUCACACCGUGCGUAAUGUUUCUCUUAACGCUGAUGAGCUUCAGGAGGAAGGUGGAAUAGCUUUACUUUCAGCAGUUAUGCAGCGUUGCUCCGAGACACUCACACCAGCUGCGACCGACGACCUUACGCAAGUGAAGAUACUGUGUAACACCAUGCUCACGUUCUCCGUCGCUGCUAAGUUCCCUGAAUCCCGUAGCCGCAUUCAUCUAGAACCUACGAUCUGCCAUUUUGCGGCCAAAGGCAUCGCAUACGAUAAGGCGCUGGCACUUUCCCGCGCCUGCAUUCAAACAUGCCGUGAGUUGUGCGUGGACGACGUUUUGCAGGAGCGUGUUAUACAACACGGUGCGAUGUGGCAUCUCUUACUUCUCCUUUUCCGUUACGAUUCGACAUUGGUUCAGAGCGGAAUCGAGAUGCAGGAGGAAAAUCAUACACAACUUUUCGCCAACCGUGCGGCAGUUUAUGCGCUACAGGCUCUAUAUGCUAUGGCCGGUAUUGUGCCAUCUGAGGAUUAUUUGAACACGCCUAGCAAUGCCAAAGUGUUCACGGCGCUUAAGAGAUUACUAACCCCAUUUAUAAUCCAGAAGAUGUCAAAACUUCCGGGUGCAGAGGAAGAGAUUUUGAAGAUGCUCAACACAAAUCACGAAACGCCAUACCUAUUGUGGAACAACGAAACACGUGAGCAGUUGUUGGAGAUUGUGGGUUCAAACUCUGAGAAGUGCUUUAACGGUGGCAUGGUUACUCAUGAUCUACCUUUUAACAUCGAUGAGCGCUUCAUAUACAAACUCCAUAAGGAUGAGCUUAUUGUGGGUGAUUUGUUUGUGCGAAUAUAUAAUGAGCAAUCCAAUUACCCUAUUGAGGAGCCUGCUGCCUUCUGUAGUGCUUUAAUGGCGUACCUGCAGGCUCAGAUUGGUAAGAACUCCUCUGAGGGCGUGCUCAUGGUAGUGGAGGCGGCGAAGAACUUGGUAGUUGCGUACCAAACCGCCGAUGUGGCAACUGUUCUGGAGCGAUAUGUAGCUAUUUUGUUAAAACUACUUUCGUACAAGGACACCGCCAUCACAAUCAAAUCAUCUGAGCUUUUGGAGAAGGUUACAUUUCAUCGUAACUGUCUUGAGGCUAUGUGUAGGGUUGAUACAGCUGUUACCGAAGUAUUGUUGGCUAUGGUUCGUGAUGGUGUUGCAGUGGAACGAUGUUGUCUUGCAUUCCUCAAUGUGGCACUUCCGGAGUGUGCUUUUGUACAGCAAGCCUUUGAUCGUGGCUUGUAUGUAUUGCUGCUUCGCAUUAUUGCAACGACAACGAACCCAGAAUGUAGGAAUGAUGCCUGUUUGGCUCUCGUGAAAAUAAGCACAAAUAAAUUGUGGGGACCAAAGGCGACACUGCACAUAUUAAAAUUGCUCCCUUACGCUAUACUUGAUACCAUGAAAGAGAACCCCGUGGCCGCCUGCCAGCUUCUCGACACCUACCAGGAAACUCCCGAGUUGGUGUGGACUAAAGAGCGCCGAGCUCGCUUUGUGGAUAAUUGCACCACAUAUCAGGAAGAGAUUGCUGCAUUGUUGCAGCGCUCCCCCAGCGCCACGUGGAGUUUGCCGGAGAGCAUCAUGGUUGAGAACAUCGAUGAGUUGCAGGUUGGCGGUGUGUACUUGAAGAGGUACUUGAGCCAAUCGGGGUGGGUGGUUCGGAAACCGAAGGAAUUUCUUUCAGCCCUGUUGGGCCGUUUCGCAGAGGAAUGUGGUCGCUCUGCAGGGGAACGUAAUGCCGAAAUCCUCACACUUGUUGCCGACUCAGCUCUCACACUGCUUCGAACAACUAGCUCGAUGGUGGAUCACAUAGUUUCCCUUGGAUAUGCCCAAAAGUUGUUUACACUAAUGGAAUCGCCGGAAGACGUGGUAUCAGAGAAUGCGCUGAAGUUGGUACGUGAAGAAUGUGGUUCUCCUGUUUGUGUAGAGAGUUUGGCGAACUUUGAUCUUAUCGCAUCCCUCCUCGCAUACCAGCGGUCCCACCCAUCGCAGUUGCCGAUUCUCAUGGAUAUGUUGUGCCGUCUUUUUUCCCGUCCAUCCUCUCGUGUUAACAUUUUACGCCUCGCCCUUCAAAAUCAACUUGUCCAGCGCUUACUCGAAUGGUUAGAGAAUGGACUCACCCCUGAAGUGUGUGGAGAUCAGGCUCCGGCGGCUGUACGGGCUCUUAUCAUUAAAGUCCUUAAGGCAAUCGCAGAUCUGAAGGAUCCCAUUCAUGGUCAGCGCGUGGAGGAGAUCCUCUCAGCAAGUCCUGUCUGGGCAAAAUAUAAAGAGCAAAGCCACGAUCUCUUCCUUUCAGGGCCUCGUGUGGGUGGUUAUUUGGAAAAUACGCAUCGUAACAACCAUCAGCAACAGUUACUUUCGAUUACACUUGCUUCAACAAGUGCCGUUGGAAAUGAUGACGAGCCACCACCGAUAUAA